AUGGUUUCCUUCAUGUUGCUCCUUGCAGCCUUCCUCCUGCAUGCACGUGCGGACGGGGAGGCAUGCGAGGCAUCCCCCGCUCCUGUUGGAGACAGGGAAGAGCUGCCCCUCUUGCAGAUAGGCGCUGCGAGCCACAGCGCCCACGCCCAAGGCGCUUGUUCUUCAGAAGACAUGGCUGCAGAAGAGCUGCUGGAACAGGCUUUGCGUGAGCAGCAAGCUCAGUACAACAUCCAGUCCGAUCUGGAGGAGGCUUUCUCGUACACGACGGGUGAAGUGCAGCAUGCGUACGAGUCUGUCGAGGCAGACGCGUCGUCGACCUUGUCAGGUGAUGACUUGGAGGAUGACAGCACGAAGGGGAAGUGGCUGAGCCGAUUGGCAAAGGUGGGGGAGUGUGUCACAGAGAUCACCGUAGCUGAAUACAUGCCUAUGCUUCCUGAGUGGAUGUUCAAAAAGAGAAUCCUCAAACACGAUCCAGCAGAGAAGAAGGAGAAGCACGAACGUUACGGGGGCAUCAUUUCCACGGUUCUUGGGUUUCUCUGGCCGGAGGACUCCAGUGGAGAAGUGGACAUUUGGUCGCUGGUUCUCAACGAUGUUGAGGAACUCGUGAAUGUGUCCAUCCUCAAUGAAGAAUUGCAUGAAAGGGAGGCAGACUUCCUCUCCGUGCGAAGCUACCUAACCCGAUAUAGCCGGGAGAGCACCAUCACAGAAAAAGGCAAUGACUUGUCCAUUGCGCUUGCAAAGGCACAAGACAUCAUGAAUCACCUUACUCAAUCCACCAACAAGUACGAGUUGCUUCCCAUCACUAUUGUGGGGGCGACGUUGCACUGCGUCAUUCUGCGAGAGCGGCUGGCUCAUGGAGUUCGGUUCUAUGGCUCAGUAGAUCCGGCCUGGCUCUACGAGUUGCAGACGAAUGUGGCGUACUAUCAGACUUUCUUCAACUACACGUACUCUCUUUGGAGAAGCUGGAGGUUUACACUGAUCGACCAGAAGGUUUACGAAGGCAGCCGCCGGCGACGCCGGACAUCGGACUGCUCCUCUGUCGUGACAGACAAGCUGGUCCAAAUCGGCAACGACGUCCACGUCCGUGACGGGAUGCAGGGAUCUAACAACCGUUGUGUCGAGAUUGGUAACAUGACUGCCCAGCGUAUGUUGAACCAGGUCUCUGCAGCUAUGGCCAUGGCGAUGCAGCCGAUCGCCUACUUGCAGCGCUACGUGCCAGGUAUGGAAAAGGUCGCACCCACAAUCCUUCCAGCUCUGGAGUUCAUAACCGUCGGCCCCUACGCUUUUGUCACGCAAGACCUCCAAGACGGCAGCACACAGGUAAAUCACGAACAAUGGUGGGACAUCAACGAGACCGGAUUCUUGGGCCCUGGCAAAAUCAGAAAAGCAAGCGCAUAUGCCCAUGGGUGCAACGCCGUGGACUACUUCAAGCUGACUUAUGACGAUGGAAGGGAGGAAACAUCGGCAUCCGUUACCAGAGGGAGCAAUUGCGAAGACCCGGCUUACCCGGACAGGUACAUCCAUACCAUCGAACUUCACUUUAUGGAUGGCAGCGAUGGAUGGGCUGAUACGUUUGUGAUAAACAUGAAGUUAUUCUUUUCCGACGGCUACAAUACUGGCAACUGGUAUGGAUGCUUUUCACAGUGCCCUCUCACUCCUAGUCAAUACACUCAAAAGGUGACAGUUACAGGGGACUCCACUUACAAGCUCGUAGGCGCCGCGUUGGGUGGGGCCGGGGGAUACUUCGGGUAUAUCAACGCGACUUUCCAAUGGGUGCAGUCCAUGGGGUGGUCUAAUGUGAGCAGGGUUAGCUCGAGCAACAAUCUCACGACCGGGCAGCGGCUGCAAGCUGGUCAGGCGCUCUGGAGCUACAACAGCUUGAACAAGCUCCUCCUUUCAAGUAGUGGCAAUUUGGCCACCUACAACAUGUAUGAUAAUGUUUCGUGGCAGACGAAGACUUCCUGCGCAGAGGGCGAG